UCAAGGAUUUUAGUCUGAGCAGCUGAGUAAAAAUGGUACCGUUUACAUCAAUAGGGAAAGGUGGUGAAGGAGCAGGUUAGAGGGAAAACAGGGAGCAUGGCUUUGGACCCUUAACGUUUGAGAUUCGACAGAAACCGUGGUUCACGGAACUGAUCCAAGCUACAUACUGAUAAUUGGGAUUGGUGAGUUACAAUGGGAUUGCAAGUCAUGAAACUGGUUCAGACCGACUGAAUGAGCGGGACAGGAAGGGGCUGAAACACUUGAGUCCUUGUGAGAGCCCCAGCUCUAGGGGCAGCCUCGGGGGAAGCUCCCUGGGCGAUGGCUGCGGUAAUGGAGCCGUAGGAGCUCCACGAGGUGUAGGUUCAGCGUCUUAAAAGGAUGAGCAGCGGCUCGCCACAGCUCGGAGGCGGGUGGGCAGCGCUCCAGGCCGAGGGCCCCGCGUCGGCAAAGACACAGGACCCACGACAAGGCGGCCACGGCCUGAGUCAAAAGGAGGGCCGCGCGCCUCCUCUCCAGCCCGCAGCAAGCGGGUGCCACGAGGCACUCAGCCGGUCCCCGAAGUUCCUCUCACGCGGCCCCAAGACUACCACCGUAGUCCAGGCCAACAAGCGCUGCCGGGACUCCUGAAGCCACGAAUGAGCCGUGAGCCACCAGCCCUCGGCCAAAUCUCGCGAGAGCGCGGCCUCGCCCUCCCAGCAUGCCCCGCGCCGCCGCCGCUGCCGCCGCCGCCGCCGCCGCGCCGCGGCUUGAGGGCUGGAGGCUGGGGGAGGGUAGCGGAGCCGGCGCCGCCGCCAUGUUGGGUCUGAAGCGGCUGCUGUAGGCGCCGACGGAGCGAGCGGGCGUGCGGAGCGGGCGACAGCGGCGUGGGAUCUGCCUCUCUGCGAGCAGCUGGGAGCGGCGGCGGCGGCGCCAUGAGCGGGGGCACCCCUUACAUCGGCAGCAAGAUCAGCCUCAUCUCCAAGGCGGAGAUCCGCUACGAGGGCAUCCUCUACACCAUCGACACUGAAAACUCCACCGUAGCCCUUGCCAAAGUUCGAUCCUUUGGUACAGAAGACAGACCGACAGAUCGUCCAAUACCACCUCGAGAUGAAGUCUUUGAAUACAUUAUAUUCCGUGGGAGUGACAUUAAAGACCUUACUGUUUGUGAGCCACCAAAACCACAGUGUUCUUUGCCUCAAGACCCAGCUAUUGUUCAGUCCUCACUAGGCUCAUCGACCUCUUCAUUCCAGUCCAUGGGUUCUUAUGGGCCUUUCGGCAGGAUGCCCACAUACAGUCAGUUCAGUCCAAGUUCCUUAGUUGGGCAGCAGUUUGGUGCUGUUGGUGUUGCUGGAAGCUCUUUGACAUCUUUUGGAACAGAAACAUCAAACAGUGGUACCUUACCCCAAAGUAGUGCGGUUGGUUCUGCCUUUACACAGGAUACAAGAUCUCUAAAAACACAGUUAUCUCAAGGUCGCUCAAGCCCUCAGUUAGACCCUUUGAGAAAAAGCCCAACCAUGGAACAAGCAGUGCAGACCGCCUCGGCCCACUUACCUGCUCCAGCAGCUGUUGGGAGAAGGAGUCCUGUAUCAACCAGGCCUUUGCCAUCUACCAGCCAAAAGGCAGGAGAGAAUCCGGAGCACAGGCGAGCUGAAGUACACAAAGUUUCAAGGCCAGAAAAUGAGCAACUCAGAAAUGAUAACAAGAGACAAGUAGCUCCAGGUGCUCCUUCAGCUCCAAGGAGAGGGCGUGGGGGUCAUCGGGGUGGCAGGGGAAGAUUUGGUAUUCGGCGAGAUGGGCCAAUGAAAUUUGAGAAAGACUUUGACUUUGAAAGUGCAAAUGCACAAUUCAACAAGGAAGAGAUUGACAGAGAGUUUCAUAAUAAACUUAAAUUAAAAGAAGAUAAACUUGAGAAACAGGAGAAGCCUGUAAAUGGUGAAGAUAAAGGAGACUCAGGAGUUGAUACCCAAAACAGUGAAGGAAAUGCUGAUGAAGAAGAUCCACUUGGACCUAAUUGCUAUUAUGACAAAACUAAAUCCUUCUUCGAUAAUAUUUCUUGUGAUGACAAUAGAGAACGGAGACCAACCUGGGCUGAAGAAAGAAGAUUAAAUGCUGAAACAUUUGGAAUCCCACUUCGUCCAAACCGUGGCCGUGGGGGAUACAGAGGCAGAGGAGGUCUUGGUUUCCGUGGUGGCAGAGGGCGUGGUGGUGGCAGAGGUGGUACCUUCACUGCCCCUCGAGGAUUUCGCGGUGGAUUCAGAGGAGGUCGUGGGGGCCGGGAGUUUGCAGAUUUUGAAUAUAGGAAAACCACAGCUUUUGGACCCUAAAAGGUCUGGAUUGAUCGUACUGCUUUCUGAAAGAAAGACAACAAAGUUGCUGCAUAGUCUACAAACAAGUCUCUGAAAAUAGGUGAAUUUCUAGCUCUUCAUGGUCCUGAACAUUGAUUUCAGUCUUUGCGAAGAAUGAAGAAGUGAAUUCGCUGUACAUUUGUCACCAGCACUGGGUUUUUGUUUUUUGUUUGUUUUUCCCCUUAAUUUCAAAGAUAAAAUGCAGUUACUUUUGGGGGUGGAAGGCUCAUCUUAAAACAUGAGCAUUAAAUAUAUUUGGAAUAGCAGAAGGUUAAGUAAUUUCUUAUGUAUAGUUAAACUAAAGCAGUACUUCAGUGGGACUUACAAGUAUUUUUUCAUCACUGAAAGGUUUUUUUUUUAUCACUAAAUUGUAUUUGGCAAUUGCAAGUUGCCUGCAGAUAGGGCCGUGAUACUGUGUUUUGAGCCACAGAAGGUUGUGUGUGUGUGCGUGUGCGUGUGUGUGUGUGUAUCUUUUUCCUCCUUUCUUUUGGGGAAUCCUGUAAUAUGAGGUAGCUUAUUUCGUCAAUUAAUUAGGGUGCUGGAUGGUAGAGAAUUUUGUCAGUCAACUAUGUACACACAGUAAAUACUGUUUCUUAGGCAAAGGUAACUUUUUUAUAUAGUUGUAAAAUUCCAUUAUAUUCCAUUGCCAAAGAAACAUUAAGAACUUUGUAUAGCUGUAUAAAAAGCAACUAAUUUUUUAAAGAAUAAACAUUUUAAAGUCAGCAAA